UCCCAGUUUAGGCCGGUUCAGACGAAGUGCGGAGCCCGGUGCGGUCGCGUUGCGUUCCACCGCUAUCUCGCGUAUCAGUCUACGCGAGUUGCCCGGCUCGUGAAGGUUGACGAGAGACCGACCGAUCGGGGCCCCUCUGCCUACACGGCACUUCUACCUACCUGUCUACCUGUCGACUAAAGAACAAUCGAUAAGGAUCGUCGCGAUGAGUGUACGCGGCAAGCAAGUGCAAAAUGGUAUCUACGAGUUCGAUUACAUGCGAGUACCUGAUACCAGAACACGCUGGAAGGUAUUUCGCGACGGUAUCUACAAUCCUGAAGAAGGGACGUACUGCGGUCACCCGCCGAAGAAAUGGGGCAUGACUGUUAUCUUCUACGCUUGCUUCUACGCCGGACUGGCGAUACUCUUCACCAUUUGCAUGAAAGGCAUGCUCGCCACGUUGAGCGAGGAGAAACCUAAAUGGACCCUAAGCAGCAGUUUAAUAGGCACCAAUCCAGGUUUGGGCUUUCGACCGAUUUCGGACAACGCGGAUGAGAGAUCGCUCAUUUGGUACAGCGCGUCGAAUGCGACCGAAGUACAAAAGUGGACACGACUCCUAGACAAUUUUUUGGAACAUUAUAUCGAUUCGUCGCUUUUGCCGAACGGCGGUAGAAAUCAGCAGAUCUGCAAUUACACUAUGCCGGCGAAGGAUGGUAAUGUAUGCGCGGUCGACGUCAACAAUUGGGGACCGUGUUCGCCGAAUCAGCAAUACGGUUUCAACAACUCGGCACCUUGCAUCUUUAUCAAGCUUAACAGGAUAUACGGAUGGGUUCCUGAGUACUACAACGACACGCAAAAUUUGCCGGCCGAAAUGCCAGACGAGUUAGUCAAGUAUAUACGCGGUGCCGAUGCUUCAUGGUUAAAUACCGUAUGGGUAUCCUGCCGUGGUGAUAAUCCUCAUGACAGAGAGAGUAUCGGUCCAUUAAAUUAUUUUCCUAAGGGACAUGGCUUUCCAGGAUUCUAUUAUCCAUACAAGAAUACAGCCGGAUACUUAAGCCCAGUCGUCGCUGUUCAGUUUCUUCGACCAACAAGGAACCAAAUCAUCAACGUCGAGUGUCGGGCAUGGGCAAAGAACAUCAAGUACACAUCGGUUGGUGGCGAAAAGAAGGGUGCGAUACACUUUGAACUGAUGGUCGACGAAUGAUCGCACGUCGCGAUCAUCGAGAUCGUUAUAUCAUUCUUGGCACGCCGUUAUCUCAUAUAGCGUUACUGCGUGAUUAGGAAAUUUUUUCGAGAUACAUAAAACAGAGGAAUCCGAAGGCGUGUCGAAGAGCAUCACGACACUGGAUUCCCGAUCACGAUAACGGCCGAUUACUUCAACUAGAAGAACAUUAAUAAGUCAAUAAAAGAUCUGUUCUUUCGUAGCGUGCGUUAAAAAGGAAAGUGUGCGAUAAGUACAGCUACAGAGAACAAACUUAAAUUUGUUAUUUUUCUGAAGAUAUUGUAGAUAUAAUUAAUCAAUCGGGAUUCAAAUUUAUUCAGUUUUAAUCUUAAUAGAAUAAUCUUAAUUGAAUUGUUCUGACAAAAAAGAAGAGUUGUCUCUUGUUGUAAUUUACAGAUAUGUGUACAUAAAGAGUAAUUAUGAGAGAUAUAUAGAAUAUAUGUCCGAUUUUUGCUCAGCAAAAAUAUCUAAAAUUUCUAACUCUUAUGAAAUACUUGAAAACUUAGAAAAGAGUUUCAUAAUUGGAAAUAUAUAAUUCAAAAAUAUUCAUUGCUACCAAAUAUAAAAGUUGAAAAAUAAAAAAAAUUUUUAAAAGCAAUUCUUAAAGUUUAUAUUAUGUAGAAAGAUUGCUAGAAAUUUAAGAUUCUAUCAAGAAACUAAAAGUUUUCAAGGCUUUUAUAAUUUUAUUUUAUAUUUAAAUAUAUAUACAUAUAUAUUUAAGAAACGUUAAAAAUUAAGUAUAUAGGAGAGCACAAAGAAUAUAAAUAUCAGAAUCUGCAAAAAUCAUAAUAGCUCGCAAAAAAAGUAAAUUAUAUAACAUUUUCAUUUUUUAUAUUUGCCUAAGAAAUAGCUACAUCUCAAAAUCUGCAUAUAAAAUUUAAAUUUUAAUAACGGAUUAAGAUAAAUAUAUUUAAAAAUUUAUCAUUCAAGUUACAAUCGUAAAAAGAUGAAUAUAUCAAAAAACUCAGGUUUGUGCUGAUCUAAGUAUUUUACGUGAAAUAAAUUGGUAACAAAAUCUUUAAAAAAAAAAAAAUAAAAACUCUCUGAAGACCAUUUAAAAAAUAUAAAUAAAGAUAUAACUAAUUCUCCUAUACAUUAAAUUUAAGUGUCGCGUUUUUGAAGAUACUAAACGCAAUUUAAAUUAUACAAUUAUUUUCGGAAUAUUCUGUACAUCUCUUAUUCUCCUAUUGUUUUGUCAAAUUAUUUAUAUAUGUAUCUCCAGCAUAGUUGAACAAAGUAUGUACGCUCGAAUCGUGAAUGUAUAUUGAACGAAUAAUUCAUUUAAACAAAAUAUCGUGGUACUUAUUAAGAUAUAGGUGUAAUUGUACAAAAUGAAUAAUAUAUCGCGAUUUACAUAGUAAUAUUUUUUUUUAAUAAAUGACAAUCGUGAAAAAUAACCCAUA